GGAAGUGACCUCACUCCCGGGACAGCGCCGGGAUCCAGUCAGCGCUGGAGCACCGGCGGCCAGUCCGGGCGCGCCUUGCGAGCAGCCAAUGGCAGGGGCGGCGCCGCUUGUUGUCGCCCCGUGAGGCGGCUGCGCCCUGGGCUCGGUGUCGCCGCUGCCGCCGCCGCAGGAGGGAGCCGGGAGGCCCCAGGCCCCGGUAGCCGCUCGCCUCUCGCCGGCCCCGCGGCCCCCGCGGAGGGCGGGGAGAUGCAGCCCCCGGGCGCUCAGCAGCCGCCGCUCUACGCGCCCAGCAGCGGGGACUUCACCUUCGUCUCCUCGGCGGACGCCGAAGAUCUUAGUGGUUCCAUAACAAAUCCAGAUGUUAAGCUGAAUCUUGGAGGAGAAUUCAUCAAAGAAUCUACUGCAACUACAUUCCUAAGACAGAGAGGAUAUGGCUGGCUUCUGGAAGUGGAAGAUGAUGACCCAGAAGAUAACAAGCCACUCUUGGAAGAACUCGACAUUGAUCUCAAGGAUAUUUACUACAAAAUUCGAUGUGUGUUGAUGCCUAUGCCAUCUCUUGGGUUCAAUAGGCAGGUAGUGAGAGACAAUCCAGACUUUUGGGGUCCUCUGGCAGUUGUCCUCUUCUUCUCAAUGAUUUCAUUAUAUGGACAGUUUAAGGUUGUUUCUUGGAUCAUAACUAUUUGGAUAUUUGGAUCCUUGACAAUUUUUUUACUGGCCAGAGUUCUUGGAGGAGAAGUUGCUUAUGGCCAAGUUCUGGGUGUAAUAGGAUAUUCCCUACUUCCCCUCAUUGUCAUAGCACCUGUACUUUUGGUGGUUGGAUCAUUUGAAGUUGUUUCUACCCUAAUAAAAUUGUUUGGAGUCUUCUGGGCUGCAUACAGUGCUGCAUCAUUACUAGUUGGAGAAGAAUUCAAGACCAAGAAACCCCUUCUAAUUUAUCCAAUCUUUUUAUUAUACAUUUAUUUUCUGUCCUUGUAUACUGGGGUGUGAUCUAGUGUAAGAUAUGGCCAGAAACCAUAUUUCAGUCACUUGCAGACUGAUAAUGUGUAAGAUUAAGAAGGCUGGAGAUAAUACAAGUGACUGUUUUGUAUGCAGUUGUCGAGAUGUUCUAAGAUGGAAGAGCAUAUUUGUGUAUAUUAUUUAAUGAAGCAAUUGUAGCUAUAUAGAUUUGUAUCAAAGUUCUAGGUUUGUUUAAGACUCUUCAGAUUUUAAUGAACAAAAUAAAAGAACCUUGUGUUUUAUAACAAAGCGUAGCAAAACUGCAACUCAAUACCUGUGCCAAAAGCACUGGGACCAGAUUACUAUAUUCAAGAAUUAAAAAUGAGAAGUUAACUGUUAACAAUCUCAAAGUGCAAUUUUUCUUUUAAGCUUAAACACAGCUGGCUUUUUUUGGCACAGCAAAUUCUGUAGAUAAUAUAUAUUUAUGAAACAGUCCUGAUUGUUCACAGAAUAGUCUGUAUAAUCAAGACAAAAAGAUACUACUUUUAAUUUAGUGCCUCAAUUCCUGUGAUUUGGCUGUUGAGUUUUUAUAAAUUCCAAUUUGUUUUCAAAACAUGUAUAUACUGUGUAUUUUGUAUCUAUGGCUUGUGUGUACCGUAAAUACUCCUUGGUUAAGGAUGUAUACUGGGUUUUUAAAAAUUGAAGAUACAAGUAUUUGAAGUUUUCAUUUACUAUCUCUGACCAAAGGAGCAAGAUACUUACUGUGUGACAUAAUUAAUUAAAGUGCAUAUUUAGAGAAUCAAAUUAUUUUACUUAAAAGUAUAAAUUUACAGAGAAAUGGGUGAACACCUUUCUCAACUCUAGUGCUGGCCUAAUGUUGGAGAAAAAAAAAGAUGAUCUAUCAAAUUUGUGUGAUCUUUAAACAAUGUUAUUUUAUGAUGACAAAAUAAAAAUACUGCUUCCCUAACUAUGUUUUACAACAUCUUGCUCUGUUUUGCUUUUAAUAGCAUGGUAUUUAACAUGCACCCUUUUUUUUUUUUUUUUUUUUUUUUUUUGUCAAUACUAUUAAUCCUUUGUAAAGAGAAAUAAGAAAGAUUUGGAAGGCCAGAUUCUCCCUCCACUAAACAAGGCAGAGUUACAGCCUUAGUAACAGUUAGAGUCUUGCUAAUUUUGACUCUCCAAGGAUUAUGUAAUAAUGUGAUGACAUGUUAAAUAUUUCCUGUGUACUGUGUUGAUUGCUUAUAUAAUGGUCCUUAUGGUAAUAUUUCUUCACAAGAGAAGUCCACUGAAGUUCACUUUGUAUGGUACUAACAUAGGCAUUUGCAGUCUUCAGGAUUUAGUAUCAACAAAAAGCUCUGAAGGUUUGUUUUUUUGUUUUUUUUUUUCUGGCAACAGAAAAAAAGCAUUUCCCAUUCUCCAUCCUUUGUUUUAAUGCUACAAAUAAAAAUCAGCCAUGACAAGGUCAUAGCAAGGGCUGUCUUGGAUCCCUGAUGGACAUAUUUCCAUAUCAGAACUGUAGUUUUUCAGCUUUUUAGACUGUGUAACUAGCCAGGUUGGUAACUUAUUUUUACCAGUCAUACUGAUGCAAAAUACAUAAUUAAAUUCCAUCUUUCCCACAAACUUUUAUCUUACUCAGUCUGCUUUCCUGGCUGAUUCUUGUGUUGCUUUUAAACAGAACCACUUGAAGUUAGUGCUGGACAUAAAUUGUAGUGUAAUACUUCAGCUUGUAAUAUAUAUAAAGAGAAAAAUUGGUGGAGUGA